AUGGGUUCUAAGGAAGUAGCUAACAGGCCUCAUGUUGUUUGCAUUCCUUUUCCAGUUCAAAGCCAUAUAAAAGGAAUGCUUAAGUUUGCAAAACUCCUCCACCAUAGAGGUGUUCAUAUAACCUUUGUCAACACAGAGUUCAAUCACAAGAGGUUCCUUAAGUCUCUAGGGUCCAAUUCCCUCGACGGCUUGCCUGGUUUUCGAUUCAAAACCAUACCAGAUAGCCUUCACAGCUCAGAUGAAGAUACCACUCAAGACCUUCUUUUGCUUGCUGACUCAGUCAGAAAAAAAUUUCUAGCUCCAUUUCAUGGCCUCCUCAAGAAACUCAAUCAUACGGCCAACAUUCCUCCAGUGUCUCACAUCGUUUCGGAUGGUUGGAUGGCCUUCGCCAUCACAGCAGCUGAAGAAAUCGGAAUUCCUGUGGUGCUCUUCUUCACUAUUUCUGCAAGCAGCUUCAUGGGAUUUACACAGUUUCCCACUUUGGUGGAAAAAGGACUUGCCCCUCUCAAAGAUGAAAUCUUCUUAACAAAUGGUUUUCUGGACAAGAUCAUAGAUUGGAUUCCAGCAAUGAAAGAUAUCAGGUUAAGGGAUCUCCCAAACAACUUUAUUACAACAGAUCCCAAUGCCAUAUCUUGGAUCUUCACCAUUGAAGCAAUCACAAAAUUCGAUAAAGGUUCAGCAAUUGUUCUUCAUACAUUUAAUGCAUUGGAGCAAGAAGUUUUGGAUGCUCUCUCAUCCAUGUUUCCACUUGUUUAUGCAAUUGGCCCUCUCCAACUACUUCUUAACCAGAUACCGGAGUACCCUUUGAAGGACAUGGGAUAUAGUCUAUGGAAGGAAGAAACCGAGUGCAUCAAAUGGCUAAAUUCUAAAGAACCGAACUCUGUUGUUUAUGUCAAUUUUGGAAGUUUGGCGGUCUUAACACCGGAACAAGUUGUGGAGUUUGGUUGGGGACUGGCAAACAGCAAGCUUCCCUUCUUUUGGGUAAUUAGGCCUGAUCUGGUUGUUGGUAAAUCGGCAAUUUUUCCACCCGAGUUUGAGGCUGAAACUAAGGAAAGAGGCCUUAUAGCAAGUUGGUGCCCACAAGAGCAAGUCCUUGAGCACUCAUCAGUUGGAGGAUUUUUAACACAUAGUGGUUGGAAUUCAACCAUUGAGAGCCUAUGUGCAGGAGUGCCUAUGCUCUCCUUGCCCUGUCUUUACGGACCAGCAAACAAAUUGUUACUGUGUUUGUAA